CACCGACUGAGUGCAUGAGCGAUUGCCCAACGAAGUACCUUUCUUGCAUUCCUCAGUCCUGUGCAGCUCGGGUGGUGGUCUAGAAGUUUCUGCUUGUAUCAAUGUUGUAGUAAGUCACUUUAUCUGUUCGUGUUCUGCGAAAUGUAGUUCUAGGCCAAGUUGUUUUCGUCCGCAAACUACGAGCUGGUGCUGCUAUUAAGAGGAAAAGAAGAUAUGAGACUUGAAUUUUAUUUUUAACUGGCAUGAUCUGCAACUACCUGCCUGCCACUUACGUCUAUCUCGUGUUCCCACGAACCAAAAGAAACAAAAUUUUAAUUUGCGAGCACAGUACACACAGCACUUCGGUUAAAGAUGAAGAAGAAGAACGUAUGGUAGAGAAUGAAUCAAAAGUCGGUCUUGCAUCGUACACAUCAGUGACACAUCACUUCACUUCUUCGGUCAGUUGUCGUGCCGGCCUAAUUGCGCCCUCACAUUAUUCGGUAAUUCGUGCAACUCUUUCCGGUAACGCGGAACAAGUAGAGUAACAGCAAUUUUUGUGCAACUGAUUAUAGCUCAAGCCUCAACCUAAUCCUAAAUCGUCCAAGAAGGAAAUAAAGUCGUUCUCUCGUGCUGUAGCUGUUUCAUCUUCUUGUGACUGGCAAAACAAUUUCCAAACUGGACAAACUCUUCAAACUAACGCCCAUGACAACAGGACCACAAGCGGUGCUUCCUUUUAUGAUAUUUCUCAGUAUCAAAAUUUUGUAUCACACGAUCAUCAAGUUCAAGCUCACGCACGACGAGCCACGAUGAAAAUACAUCUUCAACCAGCAAAACAUUUCACUUAAGAAAUUCUUCUUUAUCGGCUUUGAUCUCUUCCUCUUCUCCCCAGAAACUACAACGUCACCUCUAAAAGAUGUUGAUGUCCCAGGGCGUUGUCCCUUCCCCGCACGGGCACGCGCAGAACCGGGUGGACCAAGAGCACCAGGAGGUCGACCACCAUGGGCACAACGCACAGCAUCAAGGCGGCGGACACAGGAACAUGUUCGGCCGGGAGUUGCUCGGCAGAGGGCGGUUUCGGGAUAAAGGCGAUGCGGGGUCUCCGAAGAAACCAGAGUCCACACGCGUCCGUCUCCAAAAACGGCAGUCGAAAUUGAAGCCGAUCAUCCCCGCGAUCCACCCGCAAAGCCGGAAGAUCGCUUUGUCCGUGUUUCUAUGAACUGCAAAAGUAUCGUACUCGUAUAAAUGCAUUACAAAUUUCCUCAGCAUGAGGAAUAAAAUUUGUAAUGCAGAUUUGCCUUGGAAACAAGAUUUGUAAUGCAAGACAUGCAUUAGCAUUUGUACGAGUGCGAUACUUUUGCACAGGAUAGUUUCGACGGUUGUUUUCGAUUUUAAACACAAGAUACGGGUCCGUGGAAACGAAGGGGGAAAUCCCGGUGUUGCACUUCGUCAGAGCGAUGCAGCGGUUCGCGAUCGUGAUUGGGCAGAAGAAGCGGAAGAAGGACGCGAUCGAGGAUGAUGACGACACGGCCGGGGUGCCGGAAACGGGCGAAGAAAUGCGGGAAAAGGAAAAAACGCAAAAGAUACAAGCGGACAACUUUGCCAGCUACGACGUGGAUGGGAGCGGUAUAAAUACGAUGAAAAAGAUUUUACUUUUGAUUUCAUUGAUCAUUUUGUCAUGCUAUUGCUAAACAUCCAAAAUGAAAAUCGCGUGAUGUGUACAACAUUGGCAUCCCGGUUUUUCUUAGAUUCCGUUGCGUCUGCUCUAUGUCUCAAUCGAAUCUUCUCUCAACAAAAAUCAGGUACCGUCGGCUGGUGGGAGUUCGUGUCCGCGUGGAACAACAACAAUUACGAGAUUCGCCACACCUUCCUCGAGCGCAUUUUCCUGACCAUUGACGACCAGACGGGGUCUCUCAUCGGGUACAUCAUUUCCACCAUUUCCCUGUCCAUGAUCGUGCUCUCUUCCUGCUGCUUCGUGAUCGCGACGCUCCCGUCGUUAACGGUCCGCACGGACCACUGCGAGGCCGUCUGCACGCCCCCGUACUCUAGCCUGCCCCCCACGACGGACCACUACACCCACAACGAGUGGUGCAACGAGAACUGCCACCCGGACCAGCCGGACUACUUCUACACGCUGGAAAUUUUCUGCGUCAUCGUUUUCUCGUUAGAGUAUUUCGCAAGGUUGUUCACCUGCCACGCGGUUCGCACGGAGUUUCUGAAUGACGACACGAUGAUCGACAUGAUUUUGGGAGAUUUGUCGCUCCGAACGAAGACGAAACGGGAGCGAAUUAUCCACUUCGUGACCCAGCCGCCAAACAUCGUCGAUUUGCUCGCGAUCGCGCCGUUCUACAUAGAAAUCAUCGCGCAGUCCGACGCGAUGAAGGGGAGUGUGAUCUUGCGGGUGAUCCGGUUGAUCCGGUUAGUCCGGUUGAUGAAAACCGUGAAGUACUUCGAACAACUGCGGAUCAUGGGCCGGGUUAUCAAACGGGCCAUGCCGGGGCUGUCGGUUCUGUUCUUCUAUUUGUGUUUGAUCGUCGUCUUCGCGGGCUCGCUGAUGUUCCACGCGGAAGCCGGGCACUGGAACAACGAGAAACAAGAGUUCCAGCGCUGGAACUGGCAGGCCGGGGAGUACGAGCGGAGCCCGUUUCGGUCGAUUCCACAAUCGUUUUGGUGGACGGUGGUGACGUUGACGACCGUCGGGUACGGCGACAUGGUGCCGAUGACGCUGCUGGGGCAGGCGUUGGGCGCGGCGACCAUUUUUCUCGGGGUUUUGGUCCUGGCGAUGCCCAUCUCCGUGUUGUCGUCCAGCUUCUCGGAGACCUGGCGCGAAUGGCACGAGGAGAGGAGGUAUUGAGAAUGUUAUUGAGCUUGAAGUUGUGAUUUACAAGAAAUGUAGCUCAUUUUAUAUUCGAAAAUAAAUCCGCAGGCAAGAACAAGCGACAUCCGCAACAAGACCAGUCAGUUUAUGUUCUUGCUACUUCGUCCUAUAGAAGCAUGAUUUCCGCAUGACAGCCUGAUGAAUUUUCCCUAAAUCCUAUAACCCCAAGAACCUCUCAACAACGAACACCAGGCUCUCCGCGGCGCACGAAGCAGAGGAGCGGGAGGCCAUCGAGGCCGCGCUGUCCUUCCGGGACCCGAUCCUGCAGUUUCACAAAAUCAGCAUCGACAUCUACGACGAGGACAACCACGGUGACCACGAUUUCCUGGGCGAGGUCGAGCUAAACCUCGACGACAUCGGCACCGGUCCGUGGAAGCAGGAGAAACACGGCGCCGCAAGUGGCCGGUACUGGAAGUCCAUUACCAUGGAUUUGAUGCCGAAUGAAUACAAGAUUGUCGGGACAAAGCGAAAAGUCAUUGUUGGGCAGAUUGACCUGCAGAUUUCCUGGGAGCCGGUGAAACCCGCGGACAAACUUGACCCCGAACUCCCGUCAGAAGCGAUCUCUACCCCGAGCAAGAGACGCGCAGAGCCCUGGGUCUACAACGGGGAAAAAUUGUACCCCGGGACGCUGUUUUUGAAAGUGAUCAGGGCAAGAGGGGUGAGAAAUGCCGACGCCACGAUGUUCCAAACCUUAUGCCCAGGAUUACAUUUAUGGAUGUGUCAGGAUCGAAAUCGACAAAAUCGAAAAAUUUGUGAUGCAUAAAAUGUAGGGCACUGGAGGCCUGUAUUGGUGAGCAGGCAGAUGAGACCGAUUGUAAGCCUGUUUAGGGGUAUGCAAUGUGCUGCCAGAGUAGCAUGACAGCAGCAGGCUCCUUUGCCCAAACAGCAUGACAAACUGGAUUUGAGUGCUCCCCAAAUGUGUCAUGCGCCACUUACAAACUGAGGCGUCAACUGGUAUCGAUUUUAUGCAUCACAAAUUUUUCGACUUUGUCAAUUUCGAUCCUGACACCCCCAUAACAUUCCCAAAUGUCCCUCGGCGGUGGGUCCGACCCGUAUGCGCGGGUGACGUAUUGGCCGUUCCUCCCCUCGAAGCAGGGCAUCAUCGAGGAGAUGACGGUGAAAACGAAAACCAUCCAAGACACAACCGACCCGGUGUGGGACGCGGAGUUUCAGUUGCAGUACAACUGGGACCCAGAACUGCUGAUCGAGGACCAAGAAAUGCAGGAAGGGGGUUCGGACACCGGAUCCGGCCCUCAGAUGGCCAGCACCCGGGUGUCCGGACAAUUAGCGGACCCGAAUGCGAACCCGAUCGACAGGCUGGGCUCCAUGAUCGCGGCCGACGGCAUGCUGAUUGGGGAACUGACAAAACGGUCCAUGGACGAAAUCGAAGAAUUGUUCCGGGAUGUGAUGCAAGAUUUCUUACACCACCUGGGCAUCGGAACAAACGGUGGGCACGGGCCAACUGGAGGUCACCACCAUGGCGGCGCUGGUGGUGGUGGGGGAGUCAAUAACGCAAUAACGUCCUCGGGCGCAGCCGGUACUGCUACAGCCGGAACAGGACCGGGCAGUGCAGCAGCCGGCGCUCCAGGAACUAAUGCUGCUGGAACAUCUUCAAACGGCGCAGCAAAUACAACAGGAUCUACAGCACUCGCCGGAGCUAAUGCAAUAACAGCAGCGAAUAACGCUCCUGGUGCUGCAGGAAUUAUGCUGAACAACGGAAUUAAUAACAAUGCGAUGUCCAACGAGUCCCUCCAAUCCGAAGUGCACUCUCUCCGGAAGGAGGUGAGACAAUACAAGACGGAUCUGCAGAAGAUUACGCAGAGCCUCCAGGAUUUGGUAGACGUGGUCAGAAGUAACAACGGAUCAACUUCCGUGACUGGCAAUAUCAAUCCGGGUAGCAACUAUCCCAUCGGAAUGAGCAACGGCGUCCCUGGUGGUCCAGGAACAUCAACAUCAGCAGGAACCAAUUUCGGAAUGGGAGGUGGUCCGUCAGGUUUGAACACAAGUAACUUCAACAACCCAACAGGGGGCAAUGGACAGAAUGCGCAACAAAACCAGCCGUUUUACGCGGCGGGAAUGGGGCUGGGCUGA